UUCGCUGGAAGCGAAUUAUGGUUGAUCAUCUUGCUUCAAAGUCGAGAAUCGAUGCGCCUCGUGUUGUUGCAAUCGACAAGGUGGCUUCGUUGUUUCUAUAUUUUUUGGCAGCAUCAAGUAUUGCUGAAGUUUGUGGGUUUGCAUUGAGCUCGUUGCUGGCUGUCGGUGGUAUAUCUGGUUUGGCCGUCGGUCUGGCUGCAAAGGAGAUUGUAAGCAACGUUUUUGGCGGGGCUAUUCUUUUCAUGACACGACCAUUCGUUAUUGGAGAGCGGAUAAAGGCUGGCUCUUUCUCGGGAGAAGUCCAGGACAUUGGCUUUCUUCAAACCAAGCUACUUGGUUUUGACAAAGUUCCCGUACUCGUUCCCAAUCAGGCCUUUAUCAACCAGCCAUUAUUCUCUUCAGGUGAUUAUCAAUUACUCCAGGGCAAAGGACAAGCUGCUCGAGGCAACAUUUCAAGUCAGAAACCAGGACAUCUUCUUGAUCGAGAAGAUAACUAACCGCGUUGUCCAGUACUUGCGGUGGCACAAGGAGGUCGACAAGGGAAGCCAGCCUCCAAUGUGCUACCUUAAGUCCAUGGGAUCGCUCGGCCUCGACAUAGGACUUCUUUGUAUCAUUCGAGCUCCGGGAGGUCCAUCUUUCUUCAAAGCGCAGCAAGAGAUUUUGAUUCAAGUAGCUCACAUAAUCACUGAGGAGGGGGCAUGCUUAGGCACGAGUGGACCAUUCAUGCCUGUUGUUCCAGAGCAAACUCCUCCUCCCGAGGGGGAGCAACCACGACCACCCGAGACCAAGAUUUCAUAGCUUUCAACUUUUGUACACUGUAAAUAGGAAGUUAUAUAUCAUGCGAAAUAAAUAAACUGGUUUGGUUUUGCUAAUAUAAUAUGCACAUUUUUGUA